GAUCUCUUCCUACUAAUCCUUACAGUCAUGUGCCUCGUGAGGUGACUUCUGGUUGGCUGAGUGGAUCUGCUCAAAAGCUGGUGCAGCGAGAGCUCUGGAGUUUUUUGGCCAACGCAGGUGGACAGUCCAGCAGAGAACGGAUAACAGAGCAACCUUAAGGGAAUUGUCCGGACAACCAAAUACAAGUUUGGGAGAAGAGUGACAAAACGUUCAAGAGGACUGAGGAUAAGCCAAUAGGAUGUGCUGGUGACAGACAAAGACAAGUCAAGGAAUGGAAUGGCACAACCAAAGAACGCAAGAGAUGACCAUCCCACAGCUGAAUGAAUGAGAGAAAGUUAUAAACUUUAAGAAACCAAACUAAGAACCUAUCCUAAGAGCCUAAAAACACCAAAGCAACACAUACCAAAGCAGAGCAGACUAACCCAAACACACUCGAAGAGAAAACAAGGACUGACCAGAGAACAGGACCAAAAGAAGAGUGUGAGGAUGAAGCUGGAACCAGCAAUGGGGAACAUGUGUGAGUGGAGGGAGGCUGACUUUGACCUCCACUGCACGUACAUCGUCCACGACCAGACAUCCGACCCGGCAUUCAGCGUGCCACAGGCCAUGACCUCCAUCCCACGCAAUCUCACCUUUGAGUACGGCCCAGAUAAUGAGGUCACAGGGGUGUUUAGUAAGGAGUACAUUCCUCAGGGGACUCGUUUCGGACCCCUCCAGGGAGACAUUUACACCAAAGACAACGUCCCGCCUCAGGCCAACCGGAAGUAUUUCUGGAGGAUUUACUCCGGGGGUCAGUUUCUCCACUUUAUCGACGGCCAUGACGUGCGCCACAGCAACUGGAUGCGUUUCGUCAACCCUGCGCGCUCGCUGGCCGAACAGAACCUGGUGGCCUGCCAGAACGGCCAGGACAUCUACUUCUACACCAUGAAGCCGGUGCAACCGCAGCAGGAGCUGCUGGUCUGGUACAGUCAGGAGUUCUCCCAGCGACUGCGCUGCCAGACAGAGGAUGAGAAGCAACACCUCAAACACAAGCACUUGAUUGAUACCCCAAAGCAGCACCUACCUCACUGGGGCUUCACUGUAAAGCCACCACUGAGUCCAGCGUGGUCGCGGAGCGAUGAAGAGGAUGAGAAGAAGAAGGAGGAGGAGGAGAGAAACGAGUGCGACGACUCCUCUGAUGAGAAGAUUGAUGUGGUCGGAAUCCUGGAAAGGGACACUCCGCCCGACACUCCGGAGGAACAGCAGGUCAUGGACUUUAGCAAAAAGAUGGAGAAAGAGGAAGAUGAUGAGACCACCACUGUCAUCCCAGAGCCUGACUCUUUGCCCUCUCCUCAGUCUGACCUCAUGGAGACCAGCCUGGGUAAUCAGGUCUUCCGAAGCACCCCUCCUCUAGCUCCAGAGCUCCCCCUUCACCUACACGGCCUCUACAACCAUCGCGAGGGCCUGGUGUCCUCCUACCCUCUCUACACUCCCUCCAGACCCCUCCAGCCACCUCCAUACCAGUUCUUACCUCCAUACAAUCCCCACUACCCCCCUCUGCUCUUGCCCCAGUACUCCUCUCCUUUUCCUGGGGUGAUCCCUUCCAGAGGUCCCCUGCGGUACAACACCUUCCUGGGCAACGAAGGCCUGCCUUUCCCCUCCAUGGCUCAGCCUGACUUACCCACCUUAGCCUACCCUCCUCCACCCGGUGGCCUGAAAGAGCGCCCCCCAAACACCUCCCCUCCAAGCGGGGUCCCUGCCAUGCUGGAGAUCUCCCCAGUCCCGAAACACUUCCCAGAUUCUCCGCAGUUUCAGCCCUCGUCGGGCUGUGAGGAGGCCAUCAACCUCAGCCUGGCCAACGGCAAGAGCGGCCCCUCACCCCGCCGCGAAACGCCCGGAUACAAGGCCCUGCCCUACCCCCUGAAGAAACAGAAUGGCAAGAUCAAGUACGAGUGCAACAUCUGUCUCAAGACGUUUGGACAGCUCUCUAACCUCAAGGUGCAUCUGCGUGUGCACAGCGGGGAGAGGCCGUUCUUGUGCCACCUGUGCAAGAAGAGCUUCACCCAGCUUGCCCAUCUUCAGAAGCAUCACCUGGUCCACACGGGAGAGAAACCUCAUGAAUGCCAGGUGUGUCAUAAGCGGUUCAGCAGCACGAGCAACCUGAAAACUCACUUACGGCUCCACUCAGGCGAGAAGCCCUACCAGUGCAAGCUGUGUUGCACCAAGUUCACCCAAUACAUCCACCUGAAGCUCCACCGCCGCCUGCACAGCUCCCACGAGCACCCGCACCGCUGUGCCCUCUGCACUGCCGCCUUCCUCCACCUGCCCAGCCUCCAGCUCCACCAGCGCCUCUGCUGCUUGGCGUCUUCCCCUGCCCUGCCCUCAAAUACCCACCACCCCUCCUUGGUCGACCUGCAUACCGUGGGCCACCUCCUGGAGAGGUUUGACGCCAGCCCCGAGGCGGAGGCCCUGGUUCGAAGCGCCGCGUUCAGCCACGGGGACGGAGAAGAGGCCCUGGAGCGCUGGCUGGCCGCCAGCAUGGAGGGCCGGGAGGGGAAGGAGGACCGCGGCGCGGAGAGGCGACUACUCCAGGCGCUGGCCGCUAAGCACAGCCCCACCGCUGGCCACCAGGAGCGGGCCAGCGUGGUGCACUUCCACCCCCGGCCACACGGGGUGAAGAUAGAGGUGUAACAUGGGACUGAUCAAGGGAUGAUUUGACUGAUCAAAAGGACAUGUAGAGGUUCUUAGAGUGACUUCCUCCUCACAACAAGAUCCAUGCCAAAUACAAAAGCAAGCACAAUGUAUUGUCUGUUGUUGUUGUUGUUUAAAGUUCUUCUCCUCAAAGAACAGAAAGAGAGAGAUAGAGGGGCAAACCAAAUUGAGAGCGGCACCAAACAAUGUGAGAAUUCCAAAUAUGGCAGAGGCUGGAUUUCCACCCUGACUCUGGCACUUUAUACUGUAUAUGUGGAAGAGAGGGUGCUUUUCCACUCUCCUUCUUGUGACCAUGUUAAACUGUGUCUUUCAUGUGUAAUUUAUAUGCUUAUCGUUUUAAUUUAUUGCUGCAAGGACUUUUUCCUUUGUUGCUAUUGGCAAGCAGUUUUCGGUUUUUCUUGUUGUGCUUGUUUUGGUUGAUAUGUGACACCGGCACUGGUCUUUCUGAGGAAUAUGGGCAAUUUUCAGGAUAUUCAAGGUGUAGGUCUUCCGUGUAAUUUCACAUUAACUGUUCAUAAAGGUGAGCAUGUGUGUGUGUAUUGGUGUGUGUGUGAAAGACAAAGGAGAGGCUUAAUGCUCUGCUUCGACCAAAGACAGGGAGUUUGUGGGAGUUCAGCCAUGCAAGACUUCCUCAUAAGUCUUAGUUUCUCAGUAGGAGGAAAUGGUGACAGCAUUUGGCAUGAAGAUUGCAUCCGUUGCUCUCUGACACACCAUUGCAGAUGAUGCGAACAAACAGAAGUCUGCAUUCCCUGCUCAGGACAACCUUUCUGCAUUGAAUGACAAUCACUGGAUGAAAAAAAAACAACAGAGAAGUUAUAUUACUUACAUUAAAUUAUUUCAAGGUCACACUGCAAUAGAUCCAACAGUAGCAGCAGCUUGUGACACUGCACUCUCCAAAUGGAUAUUUUUGGUUUAUUGUUUGUUUUGUUUGACUCUGUAUGUAUAACUCUGUUUGAAAGCUUUACAUAUUUUUUUUAUUUUUGCUCAUAUAUGAUGUAAACACACGGACUAGGGACUUUUAUAUGUUGGGGAAAGUUAAAUCCCAUUUUGUUACUUUAGGAACCUCAGGAAUUAUUUAACCAAAUGUUUAAAAUAAAAGAAAGACAGACACAUUAAAAUGAAAAUAGACAAAGCCAGUACCUCAUAAAACAGAUUCAGAAUCUCAGCUGUGGGAAAGAACCAUUAUGUUCUUGAUAUGUAAUGUUACGGGUUUGAUGGCUCCACUGUUCCAAAACUGUACUUAAAGAAUUACAAAUGUUUUGUCAUUUUUUUGUAGGAUAUUUUUGUACAUCAAUGUAAAUGUAGCUUAUUUUUGACUCUGUUUGUCAUAUGUUGAUACUUUAUAUGUCAGAAGCUAUUUUCAUUAAAACUUUUGUAAGGAAA